GGGAGGAGCCAACACUAUUUAAAGACACUGAAGCUCAGAAAUCCAAGCACUCCAUCACUAAGCAGGAGACUGUCAAGGGUCCAACCAGUGGCAGCACUUCUGGACUCUUCUGAAUAAAACCCUGAAAAAAACACAAAAAUCACCAGGGGAAAAAAUACCAGGAUGCAUUCUUCCAAGAAAGUCAAUCAGAGAGAGCUGACUUCUGCAUCCUGUCACCUGAAACCACAUAAACAUCCUGAGGACAGUCAAGCAAUGGACUCUGUGAACAACCUCUGCAGGCAGUAUGAGGAGAAGGUACGGCCCUGCAUUGACCUCAUCGACUCCCUGCGGGCCCUGGGUGUGGAGCAGGACCUGGCCCUGCCUGCCAUUGCAGUCAUCGGGGACCAGAGCUCAGGGAAGAGCUCUGUGCUGGAAGCACUGUCAGGAGUGGCCCUCCCCAGAGGCAGUGGUAUCGUUACCAGGUGCCCUCUGGUGCUGAAGCUGAAGCAGCUGGGACAGGGAGAGGAAUGGAGAGGCAAGGUCACCUAUAAGGACACUGAGGUUGAGGUCUCAGACCCCACAGAAGUGGAAGGAGAAAUCAAUAAAGCCCAGAACUUCAUUGCUGGGAAAGGGCUGGGGAUCAGUGAUGAGCUCAUUAGCCUGGAGGUCAGCUCCCCCAAUGUUCCAGACCUGACCUUGAUUGACCUGCCUGGGAUCACCAGGGUGGCUGUAGGCAACCAGCCUGCAGACAUUGGAUACCAGAUCAAGAGACUCAUCAAGACAUAUAUCCAGAAACAGGAGACCAUCAACCUGGUGGUGGUCCCCAGUAAUGUGGACAUCGCCACCACGGAGGCACUGAGCAUGGCUCAGGAGGUGGACCCUGAAGGGGACAGGACCAUAGGGAUCUUGACCAAGCCUGAUCUGGUGGACAGAGGUACUGAAGACAAGGUCGUUGAUGUGGUGCGGAACCUGGUGUACCACCUGAAGAAGGGCUACAUGAUAGUCAAGUGCAGAGGCCAGCAGGAUGUCCAGAAGCGGCUGGACCUGGCUGAGGCCCUAAAGAUGGAGCAAGCCUUCUUCAAGGAGCACCCAUACUUCAGAGUUCUUCUGGAGGAUGGGAAGGCCACAGUGCCCUGUCUGGCAGAGAGACUGACCACGGAGCUCAUCUCACACAUCUGUAAAUCGCUGCCACUACUGGAAAAUCAAAUAAAGGAGAGUCACCAGAGGACAAGCGAGGAGCUGCAGAAGUUCGGCAUAGAUAUACCAGAAGACAAUAAUGAGAGAGCUUUCUUUCUGAUCGAUAAAAUUAAUGCCUUCAAUAAGGAUAUCACUGCUUUGGUACAAGCCCAGGAAACCGUAUCAGCGGGAGGCAGCCGGCUGUUUACCAACCUGAGAAAUAAGUUUCUUGACUGGAGUAAUUAUAUUGAGAAACAUUUCACAAAAAGUUCUGCUGAGAUACACAGCCAGAUCCAAGUAUUUGAAAAACAGUAUCGUGGCCGGGAGCUGCCAGGGUUUGCGAACUAUAAGACAUUUGAGAACAUUAUCAAAAAGCAAAUAAAAGUCCUAGAAGAGCCUGCCGUGGUCAUGCUACACGAGGUCACUGACAUGGUCCGAAUCGCCUUCACAGGGGUUUCGUUAAACAAUUUCGGUGAACUUUUUAACCUCCACAGUGCUGCCAAGUCCAAAAUUGAAGACAUCAGAUUAAAUCAAGAAAAAGAAGCUGAAGAACUGAUCCGGCUUCACUUCAAGAUGGAACAGAUUGUCUACUGCCAGGACCAAGUUUACAGAGGAGCCUUGAAGAAGGUCAGAGAGACGGAUGCCGAGAAAGAGAAGACUAAGGUUCAACCAGCUACCUUUCUCUAUAACUCUGAACUUCUUCAAAAGGACCUGUCUACCACUGAGAUGACCCAGCACCUGAAUGCCUACUACGAGGAGUGCAGAAGGAGCCUCGGGAGACAGAUCCCUCUGAUCAUCCAGUACUUUAUGCUGCAAAGAUUUGGGGAAGAGAUAGAGAAAGCCAUGCUUCAGCUCUUACAGGACAAGGUUAACUGUAGCCGGCUCUUGGCUGAGCGGAAAGACACCACAGAGAAGAGGAAGUUCCUGAAGAGGCGGCUUUCAAGGCUGGACCAGGCUUGGCACAAGCUUGCCAAAUUCUCCUACUGAUCAAGCUUUCAAGCCUGCCCUGCAUAUCUGUGGCAUGGCGUGGACCAAGGGUUGCUUUGAGGGAAAAAUAUCUCAGCCCACACUCUAUCAGUUGUACCCCUUUAAUGUUGUAUAGUCUGAACCUUUUACUUGUUACCAUUUAGAGUUAGCAAAUUAAAAACAAACAAACAAACAAAC